AUGUCCGUGCUGCCUUUUGGGGACCAGAUCGCAGUGUGCGCCAAGUGCCAGCAAGCCCCUGGGGGCAGCCAGUACAGGCUGGAGUGCCCGGGAGGGGCAGAGGAACAGCUGCAGCCCCAAGCUGUAAACAGGUCGAGCGGCUGCAGGUAUAAAAGCUGGAGCCCCUGCAGCCUCUCAGCACCUCGGCCUGACUCGCCUCUCCGGAGUCCUCCAAGGAAGCCGGGCAAAGGAGCAGGUUCCAGAAGGCUCCACCACCCCGUGAACUUCGGAGAGGGCCUAGCCUCUGAAAUAGCUGCUCUGCCACGAGCCCCAGAACCCAACCCGCCCUGGGGACAGCAACCCGAGAGCUCCGCGGGUCACAAGUGGACAACACCUCAAAGUGGCCAGCUACCAAGAGGCAGGGCUCAGACGCAUCUUCCUCGGGGCCUGGGCACAGAGGCCUCUCAAAGGCCGGGGCCCCAGGGUGCUGGACAGCCGGGGGUGCCUGGUCUGGGUGCCUGGGGUCCCCACUCUAGGGCCAGGAGCUGGCACCAGGCAGGGUCCAGGCAGAGCGCCCUCUCCUGCUCAGCACACUUGCCAAGCCGGCUCCCUGUCCCCUGCAGGGCCAGGAUGGACGAGGACUUCUCCUCCCAGUUAAAGAUGAUGGCCUCGGGCAUGGGCACAUCCCUGUCAGACAAGGACAUAGACCUGCUGCCCACCGACAUGAGACACCAUGGCUCCUUCGACUACAUCAAGUUCUUCGAGUACAUGAAGAAGUUCCAGGCCUCAGGGCAGCUAGAGAGUGUCAUCCACAAGGCCUUCCAGACCCUCGACAAGGACAAGAAUGGCUUCAUAGAGUGGAAUGAGAUCAAGUACAUCCUGUCCACCAUCCCCAGCAGUGGGCCGACUGCCCCACUGACGGACGAGGAAGCUGAGGCCAUGAUCCAUGCAGCUGACAUGGACGAGAACAGGAGGAUUGACUUCGAAGAAUUUUCUGAAUUGAUCAAAAAGGAGAAAAUUCCAAAGAAGUAG